AUGAAUAAAGAUAUACUUUCAGAUCCAUGUUCCAGUCAAAAGACUUCAGAUUUGCUUCAUUUUAUAUUUCAUUCAAGCAAAUAGUCAAAUAAAUUCAAAAAAGUUCUCCCUCGAUUAUCAAUCACAGAAACCCUAAACAAUUCCAUUCCACGCUCUCGACUCAUGUCUUUUAACAAUGAACCUACUGGUUUCAUCACUUCAAGAAUUGAUUUAAUUCAAUAAACCGGAGAUUAUUGCUAUAAAGCUUAGAAUAAUCAAACGUCAUUGCUAAAACAUUAGCCAGAGAUGAAUGUAGAUACAAUGGAAAAAUCUAUUGAGUGUAGUCCAUCAGUUCGGUCUUAAUAAACAACAAAGGUAAUUGAGAUUUCAUAGGAAGUUUAAAUACCCCUCUAUGUUAGAGUCAAUCAGAUAACGGAGAAAUCAUACCCUCUAAAAGUACCUAGAUGACAAUCUAACAGUAUUUUGUGAAAUCAUAAAAAAGAAGGACUUUGAAAAAUUGAUCAGCUUCUUAAACUAUCCAUUUUAAUAUUCCUAAGAAUAAAAUGUAACCAUAUAAUAUUAAUUAAUAGCACUUAGAGACAUUUUGCGAAUUGCUGUAUUUUAUAGCCUAUUAUGGUAAUACAAUAUUACAACUUAAUAAGGCAGCGUUUUUAUUUAAGGAUUGUCUAAAAUUAUCAGAAUUAUGUAGAAAUCACAAACUGAAAGUUAAAAUUUUGAUUUAAUUAUUUUCAAUUGCAAAGCAGUAAUACUAAUGCAAUAUUUAAUAGAUUGAAAUAAUAUGACAAGGCUCAUAAAUUCAUAUUGAAGGCUCUUCAAUAUGCUUGGGCUAAUAAUUUUGAUGACUAUGAAAUAGAUUGCUAUGAUAAAUUGGGAAUUUGUUACUUCUACAUGGGCGAUACCAACAAAGCAAAUCAUCUACACAAUAAAUGGGUUAAGUGUGAAAUCGAAACAAGGGAUUCAUAUUAUCGAAUAACUUCCAAAGAGUUUAUUUAAUUAUAUGAGAGAUCCUAACCAAUUUGUCGAGAAUUUGAUGAUAAAAUCUCAAGAUACAUUCACAUCCCAUUUAUCAAUAUUAAAACUGGAUAGACAUUUGAUUCGAAUUCAACUUUAAAGUAUAAUACUUGUUAGGCAAUUUCAUUAAUGAAUGAUAUUCUUUAUGGACUUGAAUACACAGAAUACUUUUUAGAAUACCAUUAGAUUGGAUAAACUCAAAAGCCGCAUUUGAAAAAAUUAUCAUUGCCCAGAAGAGCACUUGAAAUUAUGUAAAAGUAUGACAACAAUAAAGAUAAAUAUGUAUUUGAUCAUAAGAUUCACGAAAACCCUAUAUAUAAAUUAUCACUUUAGGAAAAGGUUAACUAUAGGAAAUCCAAAUUCUACUCUCUUGAUUCUGUGUAGUAAAAUAUCUAAAAAUAUAUUUCUGAAUAGAGGGAACCGUUCAAAAAAAGUGAAAAGAUUUAUGUUAAGUAAUCUCAAAGAAAGGAUUUAUCGCCUGAGAAUGGAAAUCAAUUAUCUUUACAUUUUAGAAAGUUUUUGGUGAGCAUAAUUAAUUCAAAUUGA